AUGUCGGUAAUGGGCAAGAUGGAGUGCGGUCGCGACGACAAUCGCACCGCCUUGCAGGCAGGUGACAACAUAGAAUUCUUCGGCGAAGAUUCCAGCAUGACCCGUGCGAUUGCCUAUGUGACGCCGAACUUGGACCAAGGUUUGCUAGCAAACGAAAUGGCAUGCGACGAUGAUGGUCUGUCCACCUACGGGCUGGCAGUGCUCGGAGCAGGAGCCGGUGCGAUGUCCGGUCUUCUCGUGAAGGCAUUCAAACUCUUGCUGGAGACUUGCCUGGAGUUGGUUUGGUUCCAGCUUCCACGUGCCUUGGAGGCCGCUGGCUGGACAGCCGAGGCUUGGAAAGAGCAAAGGCUCGAUUUGGCCUUUGGCACCUCCCUUGGAUAUUGGGUCAUUACUUUGGGCAUCUGGGUGCGUGAGUUGCAUGGUCCUCGUGGAUCCGCAGAAGCAGGGUGGUGGCUGCUACAGUUGGCUGUUCUGGGCAUUCUCACAGCUCUUAGUGGUGCCGCUGUGGGCAACGGACCGGAGCCCAUUGUCAUCAUUGAUGUUCCCAGCGUCCUUUGCGCAUGCAUUGCUCAAGGAUGCCUGAAGCAGCCGAGACGUGUCAUUCGUGUCGCAGCACUGGCAGGUGGUGCUGGAGGCUUAAGCGCAUUUUUCGGGCUGCCACUGGCUAGUGCCUUCUUGGUCCUGGAGGCAACCGUGCCACACGUGGAUGGUGCAGAAUAUGCCAUGGAGGCCUUGCCAGCCUGUGUCGUUGCAAGCAUCACUGGCACAUUAGCUGGAGAUUCCAUCUGGCAUCCAGCAUCGCUUCUUGGGAACAGUCGAUUCGGAUUUCCGGGAAGCAGCCUUCAGCGACCUUUCGGUGUGGGAGCGAUCCUCUUUGCACCGUUUGCAGGGAUGCUGGGAGGCUUCUCAGCUCACCUGCUGAUCGCCUGCAUGAAGACAUUGCACUGGCUCUUCAAGUCCGUGAAAGAGACCGGGCCGUGGAAGCAUUGGCAGCGAAGGAGGAUACAUGUUGCCCUCUUCCUGGGGUGCAUCGGGGCAGUCAAUGGAGCCUUGGGCAUCUUUUAUCCCAGCGCCCUGUGGUGGGGAGAGGAUCAGCUGCAGGCGGUGCUGACUCGUGGCUGCGGAGAGUAUACAGAGAUGUCAGAUUGCGUGCCGUUGGAGCCCCAUUGGUACGAGAAGUUGCAGUCCACGGCGGCAGUCCACGCUUCCCCUGGUCUCCCCAUGUCGGCGCAAGCCAUGGUGGGUCUCGGCAUAGUCAAGCUGGUUAUGAUCAGCAUUUGUGAGGCUGGUGGCUUUGUAGGCGGUGCGAUAUACCCUGUGGCCAUGUCCACGGCACUCUCAGCGCUGCUGAACACACAGCUGUUUGGAGUUCUUCUCGUCCUGGUGCUGCAGGACAACAUUCCACAUGGGAAUGUCUCAUCACAGAUCAUUGCGCUCCUGACUGCCGUCUACGUGCAUUACCUGCUGACCAGAAAAUGCAUUCCCUCGCAGUUGCGCUUAAUGCCAUCUCAGAAGGCACGGCAGGACCUGAUCUACUCAGACAUCUCUGUGUCUCGCCUGCAUUCGCUGUCCUUCGGCCCUUUGGGGAGGCGAGUGAGGAUGGCUUUUGCGAGGGAAGCGCGGAUCAGAGCUCUGGCCCGGGCCUUGGAGGUGACUCCACAGCAGACGAUCCCGAAUCGCAGUCUAAUACUGAAGAGCUGGAAGACGAAGGACAUCGAGUUCCCCGGUGACAUUGUCGCUUUAGGCAAUGCUUUCGAGAGGCUUUUCCGACCCCGGAAUCCCAGUGGUGCCAGUGUCGUCGUGGUCGGCUUGUGUUUCAAUCUGCUAGUGGCCGUGCGAUUCCUUUCAGGCUCGAAGAAGCCACAGAAGACGUCGGACCCAAAGGCUGCAAGAAGAGUCACUCUGCCUGUCGGCCGGGGCUUCCGGGAAGAGCAGAACGGAAGAGGUGCCCCUCCGGAAAGGGAGGCAUCGAUAUGUAACUUUCUCGAUUGCUGCAAAGCACAGAGGAGUGACAACACGAGUGGAGUCCUCAGGCACAACUCAUACGCAGGUGGAGUCGAUCAGCCGGUGUGGCUGCAAAGUGACGAACAUCUGCAUCCAAAGUUCUGUGGCUACAGACUGCAGGAGCCUGGUAAAAUGCCUUCCCUUGACCGCUUUCCACCCGAAGAGUUGGGUAGUAACGUGCCGUCUCACUGGGAGUACCUGCUUCCUGGGCGGUGCGAGAGCGAAAGGUUGAAGUGCCGCGAACUUCGUGAGCGUGUUCGGCAUGUAGAGGGUGCGAAGGACAUGGUCACAAUGCUGCGGUUUCUUCGCGCCCGUCGCGGACGUUUGGAUGACGCUGCAAAGAUGUACGAGGAAGCCAUGAGGUGGCGUCGACAAACGGGCUAUGAGCUCGGUUUUCGGAUGAACACCAGGAACGACUGGCUUCACAGAAAGGUUGACAGUUGCUGGCCGCCGACUGCCAUGCUGGGCAAGGACCUGGAUGGUGAUCCCGUCUACUGGAACCGGAUGGGCCUUGGCAGCAUGGAUUUCCUGGAGCAGGUUCCAACAGAGUUCCUGAUACAGCACGAGGUCUACACGAUCACCCGCAUUAUGCAGGCCUUGGAAGAAGCUUCCCGCCUUAGCAGCCGGCCGGUCAUGUACUUCACGGUCGUUACUGAUCUAGGCGAAAUGAGUCUGCGCAACUUCAACAUCAAGGGAAUUAUGAAGUACAAGGUCUGCGUACGGAUUUUGGAAGAUCACUUCCCAGAGAUUGUCAAACGAAUAAUCGCAAUCCGUGUCCCGCGGAUUGCGUACACGCUGUGGAACAUAGCUUCGCAUUUCUUUGAUGAAGGCACCCGAAACAAGAUUCAGAUCGCAGAUCCGCAGAACACAUUGACUGUUCUGAGCCAGUUCAUGGAUCCAAAGUGGAUUCCAGAGGCCCUGGGCGGCUCUCAUCGAAUCGGAGAAAGUGGUUGGUGCGAGCCUUGCAUACCCAGUCCAACAGGCCCUCCGUCUGAGGAAACGAUGUGCGCUCUGAAGUCGACGUACGGCGACAAUUAG